AUGGCAGCCAUAAUCCCGUUUCACUAUUGUUCUUCUCUGGCUAUCUCCAAACUAUCCAGAAGCCAUAUACCUUUGGGAAACAUUAGCCACGUCAAUGCUGCUUGGUGGGGUAGGCAGCUCUCACUCAGAUGUUCUCUCAAAAGCUCCGAGAAGGCUCAGCUCCGUAAUAAACCGAAAGGGAAGUCAUUUUCGUUAAAGGAGUGUGCAAUCUCUGUUGCUUUGGCAGUUGGAUUGGUAACAGGAAUGACUUUUGUAGAUUGGUCUCCAAAUGCUUUUGCAGCUAAUCCAGCGAUGCCCGAUCUUUCAGUGUUAAUAUCUGGACCACCAAUCAAGGACCCGGGUGCAUUAUUAAGAAAUGCUCUGCCAAUUGAUAAUAAAGCUAUAAGGGAAGUACAAAAGCCUCUUGAAGAUAUCACAGAUAGUCUCAAGGUUGCCGGAGUCAAGGCACUUGAUUCUGUGGAGAGAAAUGUCAGGCAAGCAUCUCGAGCCUUUCAGCAGGGAAAGAGUUUAAUUAUCUCAGGCUUAGCUGAAUCAAAGAAGGACCAUGGAGUGGAGCUGCUUGAUAAGCUUGAAACUGGAAUGGGUGAACUUCAACAGAUAGUGGAGGAUCGGAACAGAGAUGCUGUUGCACCUAAGCAGAAGGAGUUGCUUAAUUAUGUUGGCAGUGUUGAAGAAGAUAUGGUGGAGGGCUUCCCAUAUGAGGUGCCUGAGGGAUACCAGAGUAUGCCUCUCUUGAAGGGAAGAGCAACUGUGGAUAUGAAGGUCAAGGUUAAAGACAAUCCCAAUAUAGACGAGUGUAUGUUCAGGAUUGUUCUAGAUGGUUACAAUGCUCCUGUAACUGCUGGGAACUUUUUAGACUUGGUGCAACGGCACUUCUAUGAUGGAAUGGAAAUUCAAAGAGCGGAUGGCUUUGUUGUUCAAACCGGAGAUCCUGAAGGUCCUGCAGAGGGUUUUAUUGAUCCUAGUACGGGGAAAACUCGCACAAUACCAUUGGAAAUCAUGGUGAAUGGAGAGAAAUCACCUUUCUACGGGGCAACUUUGGAGGAGCUUGGUUUAUACAAGGCUCAAACAAGGCUUCCAUUCAAUGCUUUUGGAACAAUGGCCAUGGCCAGAGAUGAGUUUGAGAACAACUCAGCUUCAAGCCAAGUGUUUUGGCUAUUAAAAGAAAGUGAGCUAACUCCCAGCAAUGCAAAUAUAUUGGAUGGUCGAUAUGCUGUCUUCGGUUAUGUUACAGAAAAUGAGGAUUAUUUAGCAGAUCUCAAGGUUGGUGAUGUCAUAGAGUCCAUUCAAGUGGUUUCUGGCCUAGAUAAUUUGGUUAAUCCAAGCUAUAAGAUUGCCGAUCGUAGCAAUAAAGUGUUUGAGUUCAUGGAUGAGAGGGAAAAACAAUUUUUACGGAAGAGUCUUGAAUUGAUAUGGGACUUUCUCUUUUUCUUUGAAUGUCGGUAA